ACGUAUGAAUCCAAGACUUCCAUUCGUCUUAGCUCUUCAGGCCAAGAAAGACAAUAGCCAGACCAAAAGGAUACCCCGGUAGCAGCGCAAAUCGGCCUCCGAAAUGAAAAAGUAGACCCCCGAAACCAAGUGAAGGACCGUAGGAAGACGGAGGAUUGGCAUUGCUGCAGAGCCUCGGCAUUCACAAACGCCAGGGCUGGCUGAAUCUAUCUCGGACGCAGUGGCGAACCUGAGGAGAUCACUUGGCGCUUUCGUAUAUAGAUAGGGUCCUCGCACGAGCCCAGCAUGGACAUCUGCAAAGCCCUUCACACACACGGACAUACAGACGCACACUCGCACAUACACAUAUACUGGUUCAUCAUUUCAAUUAUGCCCGAACCAGUGGUUUCUGCUCGGCCAAGCCUGAACGGCGGCUUCGCGGCUGGCUAUCCCUCCGGCAAAGCGCACCAGGAGCUGGAGGUGAGCAUCGAAGAUUUGGAUGUACAGACGGAAAGCCCCGAGAACCCUUCUCUUGCCUGUCUCAGCCCGUACGAUAUCCUAACGGCGGCACUGCCGCUGCCGGCGCCGGCGGCAGCGACGGGCUUCUGGUGGCGCGAGACGGGCCCGCUGAUGAGCAGGCUGCUGGCCAAAGCCAAUUACCCUCUGUACACGCACUAUAAGUACCUGCUACUAUACCAUACCCACAUUCUGCCGCUGCUGGGCCCGCGUCCGCCGCCGGAGAACGCGACACAGCCGUCGCCGCGGCACGCGCCGUGGCGGUCCUUCCUGACGGACGACUUUUCGCCUCUGGAACCCAGCUGGAACGUGAGUGGGAGCACGGAAUCGCAGAGCACGAUCCGGCUUGGAAUCGAGCCGGUGGGCUUCGAGGCUGGAACCGCCGUGGACCCCUUCAACCAGGCCGCGGUGGUGCGGUUCAUGCACUCGUACGAGGCGGCCGAGGUGGGGGCCACACUGACGCUGUUCGAGCACUUCCGCCAAGAUCUGUUCGUCGGCUCGGACUCGUACGCCGCGCUGCGCGCGAAGAUCCCCGAGGGCGAGCACACCACGCAGAGCUUCUUGGCGUUCGAUCUCGACGCCGGGCGGGUCACCACCAAGGCGUACUUCUUCCCUAUCCUGCGCUCGCUGGAGACGGGCCAGAGCACCACCAAGGUGGUCUCGGACUCCAUCCUGCGUCUCGCGGUGAAGAGCCCCGUGUGGGGGGUGCAGACCAUCGCCGCCUUGUCGGUCAUGGAGGCAUGGAUGGCGAGCUAUGGCGGGGCGGCCAAGGCGGAGAUGAUCAGCGUCGACUGCGUGAACGAGGCAGAAUCCCGCAUCAAGAUCUACGUGCGGAUGCCACAUACCUCGCUGCGCAAGGUGAAAGACGCGUACUGCCUUGGUGGGCGGCUGACGGACGAGAACACCGCCGAGGGGCUGAAGCUGCUGGACGAGCUGUGGAGGACGAUCUUCGGGGUGGUCGACGAGGAGGCAGAACUGCCCCAGAAUAAUCAUCGCACCGCAGGGACUAUCUUCAACUUCGAGCUGCGGCCAGGAAAAUGGUUCCCCGAGCCUAAAGUGUACCUGCCCGUCCGACACUACUGCGAAAGUGAUAUGCAGAUUGCCAGUCGGCUGCAGGUCUUCUUCGGGAAACUCCGAUGGUACAGCCUGGAGGAAGAGUAUUGCAAGCAUCUAGAAGGGUUGUUUCCCCACCAGCAACUGACCUCGUCAACGGGCGCACAUACCUACCUCUCAUUCUCGUAUAAGAAGCAGAAAGGGGUUUAUAUGACCAUGUACUAUAAUCCCCGGGUGUACAGCACGUAGAGCAGCUUUGGUCUAGUUCACUAGUUGUCGAGCGAAGACUCAGUGGUUCAAUUUGUUAUCAACUGGCAUCAUGCCAUUUAUACGAGUCUUCUUUUCUUUCAAUCUAGAGCUGAGACGUUAAGCCAGCGCGUUAGAUCUUUCCAUGACAAGAGUUAAACCCUUCCCCAGAGACUGGAACUAUAACUCUCAGUAGCAGCCAGGAUCGGUUGGGUCAAAGUUCCAG